AUGUAUCGAACUACAUUAAACAUAGGAAGAAAGGAAGAAUCAGAAAUGGCUCAGAUUUCAAGUGUGAGGGAUGAAGAGAAUGAUGCUGCUGCUCAAGGGAAUGGGGGAGGGUUCAUCAGGAACUACGGAAGAAAGGAAGAAUCAGAAAUGGCUCAGAUUUCAAGUGUGAGGGAUGAAGAGAAUGAUGCUGCUGCUCAAGGGAAUGGGGGAGGGUUCAUCAGGAACUACGGAUCAGUUGAAGCCGCUGUUACAACUGCAUAUAGUUCACCCUUUCCUACUGCCGAGUUCUGUCUCCCUCCGUCCAUACAGGUGACAGCUCGAAAGCAUCUCCUUAGUCAAAACAGAGUCUUAGAAAAUGAGGGAAUGGGCAAUUGGAUAGGAAGUGGAAUUAGUUCAGAGAGCAAGGAGUCAGCCAAAAGAUCAAAAGAACUGGAGAAAAAGCUUCAGGAAGAUGCUGAGCGAGAUGCAAGAACUGUAAAGUUGCUGUUAUUAGGAGGAGGAGAAUCUGGAAAAAGUACCAUUGUGAAAGAAAUGAAAACAGGACUUCUUGAUCAUGGUCCCCGAUCACACUGCUUUGGGGGCUUCAGCUCCAUCCUGCCCCCAGGUCAUCUCACAUUCUCUUAUAACAUCACGGCUGUGUUCACCUGUUCUUUUCCUUCAGCAGAGCCUCCAUUAAGAAUAGUCAACACGGAAGAUGGCGGAAGAGAAGACCAAAGACAACUUUAUGCGAUAACAAAUACCUUGGAAGAUGGCAGCAUGAUGCCUGAAUUGGCUGAGGUAAUAAAACGACUGUGGAGAGAUCCAGGAAUUCAGGCCUGCUUUAAAAGGGCAUCUGAAUAUCAGCUCAAAGACUCAGCAGCUUACUACCUGAACGAUUUGGACAGAAUAGCAGCUCCUGGCUACGUCCCAAAUGAGCAAGAUGUUCUACAUUCUUGAGUGAAAACAACUAGAAUCACUGAAACUCAAUUCUCCUUUAAAGACUUGCAUUUCAGAAUGUUUGAUGUAGGUGGACAGAGAUCUGAGAGAAAGAAAUGGAUUCUACUUGAAGGAGUUACAUGAAUUAUAUUUUGUGCUGCACUCAGUGCCUAUGACAUGGUCUUGGUGGAAGAUGAAGAAGUGAACAGAAUGCAUGAAAGCCUUCACCUGUUCAACAGUAUCUGUAAUCACAAGCACUUUGCAACCACCUCCAUAGUCCUGUUUCUCAGUAAAAAAGAUCUCUUUCAAGAAAAAGUAACCAAAGUGCAUCUUGGUAGCUGCUUUCCAGAGUACACUGGUCCAAAUACAUUUGAAGAUGCAAGGAACUACAUCAAGAACCAGUUUCUAGACCUGAAUUUUAAAAAAGAUAAGGAAAUUUAUUCCCACAUGACCUGUGCUACAGAUACUCAAAGUGUCAAGUUUGUGUUUGACGCCGUUACAGAUAAUAAAGAGAAUCUGAAAGACUGUGGGCUCUUCUAA